AAAUUGUUGAGAAAAAAAAAUAGGAAUACAAACAUUUUUUUUCCUUUUUCCUUUUUUUUCCCUUGAACUUUUUCCUCUCUUGUAAAAAAAAAAAAGGAAAAGAAUGGCAGGAGGAAGGAGGAAAAGAGAGGAAGCAGGGACGAGGAGGAAGAAAGAAGAAGAGGAGGAGGAGGAGGAGGAGGAGGAGGUCUUAAUACUAGCAUGCGUGGAGAACAGCUGCGCGGGUGACAUCCAACGCGCUCUCAUCCCUGCCGCACUUCUCCUCAAGGUCAACGGGAAGGUCGGGGGUCACAUAAAACUCACCCUGACCCCAGACUCCACUCUCAUAUGCCGCGCUAUGCCACUAGUCGACUCCUACGGCAGCUACGGACACCAGGUCAUAGCGUGUGGGUGUGUGACGGAAGGUGGCGUGUCUGUAGGGGUACACAGACUCACCCCAGCGCAUAUUACCCCAGUGGAGACGGUAGAAGCUGCCUCGGUAGAUGUGGCGGUCACGGUAGGGAGUGUCGGCGAUGUGCUAAGCUACCGGAAGAACAAACCGGGUUUUAACGCGUUCAUUCGCUCCCUUCUCGCACUUUACGCCUUCACACGGAACGCCAGAAUCGACGCUAAACGGAACCCGCUGGCGAAGCUUCUCGGGGUGACGGAACUUGACGUGAGGGCAUGCGAGGGGGUGGCGGAAGGUCAGGUCGGGGUCGUAGGGGCGGCGACGAGAGUGGAGGUGGUUGCCGUGGAGAGCGAGGACCGGAAGAGGUUGUCGGUUAAGUGUCGGGCGGAGCUUGGAGGUCUUGAUCAUGUCCUGGGGCACCUCCGAAGGCUGAUUGUCGAACCCUGGCAGAGGAGGAAGGAGUUUGCACGAUCGGGGGUCACCUAUCCGUCUGGCAUCCUCCUAGUGGGGCCCCCAGGCUGCGGCAAAACCUCGCUGGUCCGCCAACUCUGCGCUGAGACCGGGGCGGCUCUGGUGGCCACGGCGGCUGCGGAGGUGGUGUCGCCCUUCGAGGGGGAGGCGGAGCGGCGGUGGAGGGGCGUGGUGGAGCGGGCGGCUGGGCUGAGCGAGGAGGGGCCCUGUGUCUUGUUCCUGGAUGAAGUGGAUGCCCUGUGUCGGCCCAGGACGGAGGAGGCCAGUCUGAGGGAGAUUCGGAUGACGACGCAGGUCCUGCUCACCCUGGACAAGUGUCGUGAGCGCCCUAACCUGACCUUGAUCGCUGCCACCAACCGCCCCUUUGACCUCGACCCAGGGCUCCGGAGGUCAGGUCGUCUGGAGAUGGAGAUCCUCCUCAGUGCCCCCAGCGAGGAGGACCGUCAGGGCAUCCUAGCUGUGCACUGCCGUUCCCUGCUUCCCCCGCACUGCCCUUGCCCCGAUCUGCCCCGCCUGGCCGCCCUCACCCCGGGGCUGGUGGGGGCUGACCUACAGGCUCUCACCGCUGCUGCUGCCAUGAGCCUGAGGGACUGUGAGGCACCCAUCACCCCAUCAGACGCCACAGCCGCCUUCACCCGUGCAGCCGCCAGCCUCACCCCAAGCCUCCACAAGACCCUGCCCUUCAUCACGACCCGCCCCGCCCCCGCCGCACCCCCCGCCGGCCUCCCCCACACCCGGCGGCUCCUGGAAAACAUACUCACCCAGCACUUGGAGUAUGGAUGGGCGUAUGAGGCUCUGCGGAUGAGGCGGCCCAGAGGUGUGCUUCUCUAUGGGCCGAGGGGGUGCGGCAAGACCAGGCUGGCCGCAUCCCUAGCCGCCUCAAAGGGGUGCACGUUCCUCUCGGCCACAGCGGCACACCUCCUCUCGCCCUAUGUGGGAGACUCGGAGAAGAGGAUCGCGGCACUGUUCCACGCGGCACGCCUGGCCCAGCCCACUGUUCUGUUCAUUGACGAGAUUGACGGCAUCUUCGGCACUCGUGAGGGUCGGGGCGGCAGCAGUGUGGGCGUGAGUCUCCUGAAUGAGUUAUUGCAGGCACUCGAUGGGGCCGAGGUCAGUGCCAACAGUCUCCAAGGUGCCUCCCUUCUGGCACAUACCAACACCAGGAACAGUGGGCAGGAUGGCGUGUUGGUCCUGGCGGCCACCAACCAGCCCUCUGCCCUGGACCCUGCACUGCUGAGGCCCGGGAGGUUCGACAGACUGGUGUUUGUUCCGCUCCCAGACUCCGAGGCGCGGCUUAGCAUACUGGAGGCCAAGACUCAGGGCAUGGUGAUUGUAGGAAGGAAGAAGCAGCAGAAAGAGGAGGAGGAGGAGGAGGAGGAGGUGAAGGAGGAGGAGGGCAUACUGCAGGAGCUUGCCCAGGACACAGAGGGCUUCACAGGGGCCGAACUUGAGAACCUGGUGCAGAAGGCCCUUGUGUUGGCGCUGCGUGAGGGUGGAGGGUCGAGGGAGGAGGGUGGGAAGGUGGUGGUGGGGGCCGAACAUCUGUGGGCCGCCCGACGCACCCUCUCCCCCUCCCUCACGGCUAACGAGAUGAAGGCGUACCUGGAUUUCAAGAGGACAGUGAGUGGCAGGUGACAGAACAGGUAUGAAUGAAUGUGGAACCAGUUUUGAAGAAGAGAGGAGGAAGAAGAGGAGGAAGAAGAGGAAGAAGACAUGAAAAAAAAAAGAUGGAGGGGAAAAAGAAGAGGAGGGAAAGAGGGGAGAGGAAGAAGACAUAGAAGAUGAAGAGGGAAAAGAAGAGGAGGAGGAGGAAGAAGAAGAAGAAGACAUGGUAGAUGAAGAGGGAAAAGAAGAAGAGGAGGAGGAAGAAGAAGAGGAAGAAGACAUGGUAGAAGAUGAAGAGAGAAAAGAAGAGAAAGAGGAUAAGGAGGAAGAGGAAAGAAAAAGGAGUAUAGGAAUGGAAGGAAGAGGAA